AUGUCAGUUUUUUCUACCCUCUCUCUCGCUGUCCGCUUUCUCUUGGCGAUGUCUCAGACGACUCAAAAUGCCACUUUCAAGUCCCGGCUUAUUUCCUUUUUUCACAGAGGGUGUAGGUGGGCUAGACCUGGGCUACUGGGCUGGCCUGUUUCUCAUCCUUCACGGUUGACUUCACACCCCCCGGAACCACUGCCGAUCCCGCCACCGAGAGAAGAGAAAAGAGACAACACCCAUCUCAUCCAUGGAUCGCUAACAUGGUCCCUCCCCCCCAAAAGCGCUUCUAGAAGAACUAGCACUCCCUCUAAAUAA